GGUGCAAGCCGGGAGAGAGAGAGUGUCUAAUCCAAAAUGAAUUAAAGUGGCAAACACAACUGUAAAAACACACAUCCAACUUACUUAAAAAACAACUUAACCAGCAUCAAGAGAGAGUGUGCGCAAGCCAAAAGUGACAGAAAGAGAGAGCAAGAAAGAGAGCGAGAGAGAGCUUGAUUAAGAGAAGCAGCAGCAGCGCAGCAGCAGCAGCAGACGACGCCAUGUCGAGCAGCGAUGAUGUGCAGAUCACCAGCGUCGUUGACGCCAACGGGCAGUCGCUGCCGCUGCAUGGAAACAGCCUUGGCAGCUCCUUCGGUCCGCCUGUUAAACAGGAGCGACCCGACGAUGCCGAAAUCCGUGAAUUGGCCGCCAAAAUGAAGGAGCAACAAAAGCAACAGGCCGCACAACAGGCGAGCCGUCAAGCAGCCAUGCAACAUGCAAAUGGUGCUGGUGCUGGUGGUGCUGGAGGCGGUGGUGGUGGUGGUGGUGCAAUGCAACCACCAAUGACAAAUGGCAAUGGACAGACAAACAUCAUGAGCUAUUUGUCCCGUCAUCAGAAACUGCCCAAUGGCACAAUGCAAGUGGUACCGGCAUUGGCCUCAAAUGGUCGUGCCAAUGGUGCCAUAGAUACUGAGAAAUCAGCACAGAAAUCAGGUGGUGGUGGACCCUGCGAUGAGGAGUCGAUCAAGGGACACUUUGGUUGGGCGCAAUUCGGCAAGGUGUCCAUACCCUACAUCUACAGGCAGUCGGAAAAGUAUUGCUCGGUGCGAAUGAUCGAGUUAAAGCUGCUCGGCAAGUACCUGAACUGCCUGCAUCCGGACAUUUACUCGAGCUGCACGUGCGUGCGCAGCUAUUACAUUACGGAUGCGGAGGCGCGUCUAUUCAUUGAGAUCAAUCACAAGCACUGCGAUGGUGAAUUCGGUCGUGAUCUCUUCACGCAAAAGGAUCUUGUGGUGCGGCUGAGCGACGCAUCCAAAUUCUAUCAAUUUUUGGAUAUAUGCUAUCGCAAGCUGGUAUCGGGCAGUAAGACGCCAUCGGAGAAAUGCGGAUUUAUUCGCAUCAACAAGGAGUCGGUCGUACCGUAUACGGUCCGGAAUAAUCAGCAGGUGGUGCCGCUUUUCUAUUUCGAAGGCGAAACGGAGAAUCUAAAGACAAAAGCGGAGCUACUUAAUGGCUGGGAUUUGGCUUAUUUGAAGUUCUGCUGCAAAGUACAGGGUAUACGCAAUGAGCUAUUUUCCAGCGAAAAUGUUGCGGUCAUUUCCCUUACCGAUAUCAAAAGCUAUUUCCCCAAUGGCACCGAAUUCGAGGAUUAUUGGCCGAGCAAAGUGGUCGACUCGAAUCUGUUAAUUGGCAAUCGGGCCAAUGUCAACAAUUCGGUCAACUGGACGCGACAGCCAUCGGCACCACCACCAAAGGUUGCUGGCAGCGCUGGUGGCGUUAACAGCAACAGCGGCGCUGGCAGCGCUGCCAGCGCUGCAGCUCAAAAAUCACAGCAGCAUUCCACUGCCGUCAGCGCAGCGGCAGCGCAGCAGCAGCAUUUGAUGAAACAACGGGCUGCCGUCGCAGCGGCUGCGGCCAGUGCAAAUGGUGUGGCAAACGCUGCCAAUUUCCCCUCACCAGUCGCAGCAGCGGCCGCAGCGGCAGCGUUCAACUCACAGGCAGCGGCCGCAGCAGCAGCGGCAAUGCUGCAAACGCAGGGCAACACGAGAAUGCUGACGCAGGCCACUGUGCAGGCCUUGGCCAACGGCGGCUGGAUGAAUUCACAGAACAACGUGCCGCAGCUUCAUGCUCAAAUGUUGCAACAAACGCAUGCGAAUGCGAACCGCGUCGGCGGCACCUACCGCGAACACCUAAACAACAUGAUGUUGAGUGGCAACAGCCGUCAAGCGUAUACCUACAACAAUCCUGCGAUUUCCAUGUCCUCUGUGAAUAGCCAUAGUGGUGGCGGCAAUGCGCCGCCGCCGUUGGUUCGUUCGGCGGCAGGACAGAAUGCCAAUCACAUGUCAAAUGUCGAGCAAUCACUGGUGCAACAACAACAACAGACACAACAACAACAGCAACAACAACAACGACAACAACAAAAUAGCACAUUUAACCAUGCACAACACUCCCCAAACACGCACAGUCCACGUAGCCAUCACGGCCAUGUCCUUGCCAACAGCAACAACAACAACCACAACAACAGUAGCAACAACAACAACAACAACAGCAAUUCUCGCAACUCCUCGUCCUCUUCCUCCUCCGCUGCCAAUUCCACAGUGUCGGCGAGCAACAACAACUGCUCCUCGACAUCAGCGGCAGCUGCAGCUGCUGCCGCAGUUGCCGCCAAUAUGCAUGCCCUUUUGGGAAGUCCCUUCAAUUACAAUAUGCCCUCCACGCGUGCCGACUACACAAAUUUGGCGCUUUGGAAUCAACUGACGCCGGCAGAGCGUUUACUGUUCACGCAGCAAAUGAAAGGCGCCGGCAUUGGCAUUGGCGGCAGUGGCAGCGGCGGCGGCGGCGGCAGUGUUGCCAACUGUAUUGCCAAUGCAACGCAAAAGUCACAUGGCUCGGUGGGCGGUAAUUUUCCGCCGUUGCCAUCGCUGCCAUUGGACACGGAUCUGAUUACCAUGUUGGACUACAAUAAUCCCAAUAAGCAAGCGAGCAGUAAAAGCAAUAAGUCAGCUGUCAAUACUAGUGGUGGUACCUUUACCAAACCCAAUGUACCGCCACUUAUACCAGAUGAGCACCAGCAGCAACAGCAACAACAGCAACAGCAACAACAACAGCAGCAACAUCAGCCGCAGACAAGUAGCAAAAAACAGCGGGGGGUCAGUGGUGGUGGUGUGACCACCAUACCAUUGAACUCCACUCAAGCUUUAGAGGAUUUUGAAAAGAAAUUUAAUAUGACGGACGAGAUGCGCGCCGUUAUACACAAGGUGUUAGCUAAUCCCGAUCUCUCCACAUCGAUACAGACCAAUGCAAAUGCGAAUGCAACGCAUAACCAUAAUCCUCACUCCCACUCGCAUUCCCACUCCCACUCCCAUUCGCAUUCCCAUGCGCAUCCACAUCCGCAUCCGCAUCCUAUGCCCUCAUAUAUCUCGCCGCCCAUGUCACCGGCAAUUGGUGGCGCCAAUGUGACAACAUUGUCGCUGGCCUCAAAUCCGAAUGUGACCAUAACACCGCAAUUGCCAGGUCACUUUCUGCACUCACCAUCCAGCUCCUGCUCAAGCUCGAGUGCAUCCACAACGGCUGCCUCGCCCUUGGGCAGCAGCAGUGCCAACAGUAUUGGUGCUGCUGCUGGUAACGGUGGUGCAGCACGCCAAAAGAGCGUCAUAUGCUCAACCAAAUCAAAUGCACUGCCAUUGGCCGUACUCUCGCUAUCUAGCGGUGCUACAGGCACUGGCGGUGGCGGUGGCACCUCUGGUGCCUCGGGUGGUUUACGACAUAAGCAAACGAUUAGUGGUUACGGGCGUCAGUCACACAGCCAUCAGUUUAGUAUGGGUAGCCACUUGGACAGCAUAGGGAGCACAACAAUAACACCAAGCACCACGCCCACUGAUGUUAUCGAUUUAUCUUCAUCCCGAAGGUCGUUAGCGGCCUCCGCAUUUCAUCAGCAGCAUCAUCAGCAACAGCAGGCGGCAGCGGCCGUGCAACAGCAACAACAGCAGCAACAGCAGCAGCAACAACAACAGGCGGUAGCCGCACAGCAUCAGCGUAUGUCCGCCGCAUUGGCUCAACAUGCGCAGCACUUGCAAAACGGCGGACGCAGCAACAGCAGUAGUGGCGGCGGCGGCGGUGGCAGCGGUUCCGCCGGCGGUGGCUCCUCAUCCGGCGGCGGCGGCGGUGGCAGCUCGAGUGCCAACAGCGCCUCAAUGCAUCUGCAGCGUCAUGCGGCGUUGGCGCACGCAGCGGCCGCCAGUGCAUCGGGGGCUGAUGGGGCACAACGAUUGUGCGUCAUUCCCGAAAUACCCACCAGCAGCAUGAAUGUGACCCCAUACAAGGUGCAAAGGGUGUGCGUCGAUAAGCAUUUGGUGCCGUGCAUCAAUAUGAAGGCCUACAAUGACUCCGAGCAGCUAAUGACGCUCACCGAAUUCCAGAAGAACUUUUUCCCCACGGUCGCCCUCGAUCAUUGCAAGCGAUUGAUUGAGGCGCUGGGCGUGGAACUCUACAAAGCGAAUCGGCGACAAGUGCAGAUACUCAUGGAGUACGAUCGUUCCUACAACGAGAAUAUGCCUCUGGUGCAGGUGCGCGACAUUAUCAAGUAUAUGACACAAUUGACUUUCAUGACACGCCAGUCGGAGCAGCCGCCGUCGAAGCGCACGCGCACAAGCUAGGAAUUAAGCUGGGGAGCACAACAUUUGCCUAAUACAACAACAACAACAGCAACAUCAACAUCAAUAACAACAAAAACAGCAACAUUAACAGCCACGAACAACAGCAACAGCAACAAAAACAUCACAGCAACAACAGCAGCAGCAGCAGCAGCAUCAACAGAUGCGCAUGCCAAACAACAAAAAACGCCCGCAUCUCAUAUGACACACUUGGCACCGCCACCAGCACCACAACAACAACAACAGCAGCAGCAGCAACAUCAGCAACAACAUCACCAUCAUCACCAGCAGCAGCAGCAGCAACAGCAACACUAUCAACAACAAUUAGCACACAACAAUACAUACGAAAUGUUGUACUCCCACAACCAACACCAACACCACCCGCAACCUCACCCACAAACGCAUACGCACCCGCUGCCAACAACAGCAACAGCAGCAGCAGCAGCAACACGCCAGCAACAUGCACAGCAGCAACAUCCACAGCAACAGGAGCAGCAACGUCAGCAAAAGAAGCGACAACAUGCGGAGCAAAACAACAGCAGCAGCAGUGUUGCUAGUGUUGCAAAUGGCAGCAGCAGCAAAAGCAGCACUGCCAAAUCCGCUGCACAGCAAAUGGCUGAGGCGGAGCACGCGUAUUUGUCGACGUUGUAUGGAAAAGCGGCUGCUAAUUUGCUCAGUCCGCCGCUGAGUGCAGUCGCUGCAGCUCAGGAGCAGCGACACGCCAGCAACAUCAGCAGCAGCAGCAGCAGCAACAAAAGCAGUGGCAACACUGCCUUUGACUGGAGCGUAAACAGUGAUCAGCAGCAGCAGCAGCAACAACAACAACAACAACGCUCCCGACGCUGUCCGCCGUUGCCGUUGCCAUUGGCACAGGAUGCAAGCGGCGCUGUUGCUGCUGCGGCAGCAACGCGUGUGGCAGCUGUGGCAGCGGCAGCGGUUGCAGCUGAGCGACAACAGCGUCAUGCAAUUAUGCAUCGGCGGCACAGCAUUUGCGCUGCCGCAGCGGCGGCGGCAGGCAUCGCCAGCUUGUCACCAGCAUCGUCCACAAACUCCUCAUCGGCUUCGGCAUCGGCAGCGGCAUCGCCAACGGCAGCAGCUGCCGCUCUAGCCGCUGCCUCCUACUACGGCGCCUUCUCGGCGCCCUAUCAUCAUAUGAGCGCGGCAGCGGCGGCGGCGGCAGCGCAUCACUCACAUGGCCAGCCCUCGCCGACCAUUUACCCGCCAACGCCGCCGCCCUCGGCGCCUUGGGUGCAUCCCUGGUAUGCAGGCGAUGCGUUCUAAGUGUUCGAACUGCUCGAACUGUUGGAACUAUUCGAAAUGCGCUCCAUGCUCCACAUGUACAUUGUAGUCUAUGCCUAAGUUAUAUAUAUUUAUUAAUUUUAUAAACUAUAAACUAUAUAUUAAUAUUACUAUUUUUUUUUUUUAAGAUUUUUUUUUUUGUUUAGCGCGUAAGUAGGUUAACUAAUUAUUUUUGGGCAUCAUAUGUCGCAAGACUAAUAAUCGUUAAUUGAUAAUUAAUGAAGAAGUAUCGAUAACACGGCGCUCGCAACCUAAAACUAUCGUUAAUUUUGUCUUUUCAUUUAAAAUUCUUCGACAUUUUUCACUGAGAACUCAAAGAACUGAUUACAUUAAAUUACAACUAAUAACAAUAACAACUGUAACAUUUUUCAAGGUCAGCACUUGCACACACACACACACACACACACUUAUAAAACAAAUUAAACAUUUUGAUUCUGUUUUUAAUGCGCGCUGCCCGCUCGAAACAAAUACAAAAA